GAGUUAAUGAUUCCCCAUAUGGGCCAGAUAGAUAAAUGUAGAUUAGCUUUUACAGACACACGACACAGCCUGUUUUCUAAGCAACAUGUUUCUGUGAAUAAGCUAUCAAUUGAAACAAAAACAUGAAUACAGAAGAUAAUACACUCCACUCCACAUGUCAAGGGUGUUUAAGAUUUGUGAGAAGUUUUUUACCGAGGGACUUUAAAAGAGAAACUUUAAGCUUGUGCACUCUUGCUCUACCCGUGUUUCUGUCCAAUCUGUCGGAUUAUCUAAUAUCUUUUGUAAGCACUGUGUUCUGUGGACACCUGGGAAAGGUUGAACUUGACGGUGUGACACUUGCCACUGCUGCCAUCAAUGUUAUGGGCGUUGCCAUUGGUCAUGGCUUGGCAGCAGCUUGUGACACACUGAUUUCUCAGGCGUUUGGAAGUGGUAACUUACAUCAAGUUGGUGUCAUAACACAAAGAGCGAUUCUGAUUUUAUUACUCACAUGUCUGCCGUGCUGCGCCCUUCUUAUCAAUACAGAGUCCAUACUAUUGCUUGUGGGACAAAGCCCAGAGGUUGCCAGGGUCUCUCAGCUCUAUGUGAAUAUUUUUUUGCCUGGUCUUCCGGCUUCAUUUAUGUACAUUACUGAAGCGAAAUAUUUGCAGAACCAGGGAGUAGUUUGGCCUCUGGUCAUUACUGGGGUAGUGGCAAAUGUUUUUAAUGUGGUCAUCAACUAUAUUCUCCUCUUUGUCUUGAAUUUUGGAGUUCCAGGAUCAGCAGCUGCCAACACUAUAUCACAAUAUACUUUGGCCGUUUCAUUAUUUCUGUACAUCCGAUGGAAAGGUCUCCAUAAGAACACCUGGACAGGUUGGUCAAUGGACUGUUUGCUGGAGUGGAAGUCAUUUAUUCACUUGGCUAUUCCAAGUAUGCUUAUGCUUUGUGCAGAGUGGUGGAUUUAUGAGAUUGGAGGACUCCUGGCAGGUCUGAUAAGUGAAGUGGAGCUAGGGGCUCAGUCAAUCGUAUUUGCAAUGGCAAAUAUUGCAUACAUGUUUCCUAUAGGUUUUAGUGUAGCAGGCAGUGUGAGAGUAGGAAAUGCAAUGGGUGCAGGAGAUGUCGCCCAAGCCAAGAUUUCUGCUAAACUCUCUAUGGUUUGUGCAGUUUCUGUUGCAGUGUUUUUGGCAACCAUCAUUGGUUCUACAAAAAAUGUCAUUGCUUAUGUCUUCACAAAUGAUGAAGACAUCAAAACGAGGGUUGCCACGGUAAUGGUUUUAUAUGCUCCUUUCCAUCUUCUUGAUGCAACAGCGGCAGCAGGUGGCAGUAUAGUAAGAGGUUUAGGCAGGCAGAAGAUUGGCGCAAUCUGCAACCUUCUUGGAUACUAUGGUGUAGGUUGUCCUAUUGGAAUAUCCUUGAUGUUUGCUGCUAAAAUGGGAAUUGUUGGUCUGUGGACUGGCCUGUUAAUAGCUGUCUUUCUUCAGACAUUCGUCCUUAUUUUCCUCAUUUUCAAACUGGACUGGGAAAAAGCUUCUGCAGAAGCACAAAUUAGGGCCGGUGUGCCAACAGGAAUGACAAAUAAUGGUGCACAGGAGGAGAGUGUUAAUGCUGUGAGCUAUGUGAACACUAUAACAGAUAUGGAGAGACUUGUAGUAGUGGAGCCCAGAGUCGUACCUAGCGCAGGAUUGCUGCUGCGACGGGGACUGGUUCUGGCAGCUAUGCUUGUUAUACUUUUUGGUGGUCUCAUUAUUAAAAUCUUUCUUAACAGCUCAUAUCAUAACAACCCAUCCGGAUUGUAGGUCUAGUAGACUGUAAACUGGUACAUACAUGGGAAAUGAUUGAGUGCCUUUUAAGCAGGUGUGCUGUUUCCAUCAUUUUCUCUGUUCAUCUCUCCGGACUACAUUGCCCAUCAUCCUCCACGCUCCCUCGCCAGUUUCGUGUUUGUUGUCAUCCUCACCUGCCAGCCACCACCCUCAUUAUCUCCAUUCCAUUUAUGUGCCUUUGUCUGUUCUCUGACAUAUUUGAAGUGUGUUUUCUUGCCAGUCUAUCUGUUCCCAGAUUUCUAAUUAAAGUGGAUUUUUAUUGUG